GAUACACGUAGACAUUGUUGUGUUGGCAUGAGCCAGUCUCGAACCGCUUCUGUUCCUGUAGAGUUGGCAGGAGGUGGACGCUUGUCGCUCUUUGAUGCUAUCUCAGAACGCAACAGGGCUUUGAACAAGAAAUCGUUAGUUCACAGACUUGUUUACGUAGGACGUCUCUCUGAAACACUUUUGGACAAGAGAGACUUGGGAGGUUACUGUGAAAAACUGUGCAAGCAUUGCCAGCAGCAAUUCUCGGGUGAAGGAGCUUCAGGAAUUUUGCUUAUUUAUUCAUCCUAUUAUGUGCACCUUGUUGAGUCAUCAGGAGAGAUACUUCAUGCCAUUGUUGAUGACUUAGAGUCAAGUGAAAGCAAGAAAAGAGGCCUUACGAAGCAAUCCAAGAUACUGAACUUGGCUAGUGAUAUACCUGUUCGACUGUUUGGUCAGUGGAGUUACAGAGUCCUGACGUUGCCUCAGAGCACUCGACCGGACGAAUACGAUCCGACCGAGUCUCUGGAUCAGGUGGUUGGUCAGUGUUUGAGACAGCUGCUCCAAGUGGGCAACUACCUAAACAAGAUACCGAAAAGCGAAUUCAGGAGCGCAAUGGAUUCAUUGCCCGAAAGGGUUCCCGAUCUUAUUAUUCCACCAGAUAUCUUAGAGUAUCUGAUACAAAGCUCUAAACUUUGUUCGCCGACAAGAUACAAGUAUGUGUACAGAAAUCCGUGUAAAGUGGUUUUAGACAAUGAACUGGUCUGGCCGCUUCCUGUGCGUCUCUUUCCCUACACCAUAUAGAAGUUGCAAACUCGUUCAUCAGUUUACGAUUUCAUUUUUAGAAAAUAAGGGCAGUCGACGUGUAAGCAUAGUGAAAAAAUAGUUACGAAUAUGAU